AUGGCAGAGCCAGAAGAUAGAAGGAGCUGGGUUCGUGACACUGUGGAGCCACCAUUCCAGCCCCAGACUACCUAUGUGCCACCCUCUCAACAGCUGAUUGACGUGAUCACCAAUUUGGAAGCUCCUCCCACUUCCCAGAGCAAAGUCCUCAAGAUCAUUCCUCCAGGCUUCACUGUGUGCCUGGGGCUGUGCUUGAAGCCAGGACAAGAAAAGAGCAAGGCCCUGGAGGAAUCGUGGCCUGAUGUCGGUCUGAGAGUCCAAACAUGCUACAGCUCUGCUAUAUUUCAAUCCAACAAGCAUUUCUGUAUUUUAUCAUUCUCCAGUAGAGCUUGGACCUGCUCCUUUCACUUUGAACGCCGAGGCCUCAGUCUCCAAGUUCCUUUGACUGGGAGGCAAAUUAUGAAACGGGAUGUGCCCUCAGAGACGCAGGGUGAAGAGAGGGAGAGAAAGUCCUGGUAUUCGGUGGAUACAAACUUUUCAACCUCCCAAAAGGUACAGGUGAUGGUGGAGUUGGGGACAGAGAGAAUGAGCAAGGCCUGGACCCUGACCCCACCCAUGUGUGCUCACAUCAUGGAAGAACUGAGUAGAACACUCUCACUCUUCAGGUGAAUCACAGAGCAGAGAAGUGGAGGGCAAGAGUCCUGGAGCUAGACUGCAUGAGUAAUCCUGGCUGUCCCAUUUUUCGGCCAAGCAGUAAUGUAAAUCUCUCCUGUUUCUGUGACUCAGUCUUCUCAUCUGUAAAAUGGGAACGAUAAUGGAAAUGAUAAUGCAGUUCUAAGGACUGAGGGAAUGAAAAUGUUUCUGGCACAUAGAAACUCCAGUACAUGUUUGUCAUUAUCAAUAUCUGAAAGAAAGAACCCAGAAAGCACUGCGCCACACAUGCUUCUCCAAUCCCACCUACCAGAGAGGUUACUCCUCUCCCCAGGAGAAGUGCAAAUGAGAGGCUGAAAGAAAAGUAUUGCUUCUGUGCUUCCCCUUCCUGGAGAGUGGGUGUCAAGCCCUCUCUCUACGCAGAGGAAAGGAAUGGUUCACCUCCCACAUGUUCCAUCACUCGACACAGUCUGCCUCAAAUGUGUCCCAUCCCUACAGGUCCCUGUCUCCACAUGGAGAGAAGGGGCUUUGUCAUAUUCAUCAGUAUAUCCUUCCAUUAACAUACGGCCAUGCUCUGUGCUGUGCAUCCAGCUGGCACUCAAGCAAUGCUUGAUGGGUUUUAAGAUCGGCAUCUUUUUCUGAGACAUUUGGUUCCUAACAGACUAAAUAGCAGGAGGCUAUUGCCUGGCAGUAAUGUACAUUCAGGCCUUGAACUUAAGUGUGGGGUCCCCUUUGUCUGCCCCUUUCUUCGGAACCUCUAGCUUUCUGGAUCCAGAUGUUCAGGAUCAUUGGAAACUGCAGGAAACUGGACACUAACAAAAACUUUCUUAGCACAGGGCAAACGCUUUAUACAUUUACCUUCCUCACGUGUGCCUUUUUCCUGAUCUGGGCUUCUCUGUCCAAAGCAGAAACAAAGAAUUGAGAGUUUAUUACAAGAUGAACAUAUUGAUUUAGUGUUCCCUCAUUUGUAUGCUCAUAAGUUAGGUUUAACUAAAUGUACAACAUAGAGGAAGGAUUAAGUAAAAUAGGGGAUAGCAACUAGGCAGGAUAUCAUGAAGCCAGUAAAUAAAAAGAUCAAAUAGCAGCACAGAAAACAUUCACAAAAUAAUAUACGUUGAAAGUAAAGCACAGCACUGAACUAUAGUAAUACUAUUAUUUUAAUAUGGGAAAUAUGUUUCCUUCAUUGUACUUGUUACUCUCUGAAAAUAUUUUUAUU